AUGGGCCAAACGCAGAGCACCUCUCUCUCCCUCCUCCUCACCAAUUUCAAAGAUGUAAGAGCUAGAGGACACAGCUUAAGCCUAGACAUUCGCAAAAGGAAGUUGAUCACCUAUUGCAGCUCUGAAUGGCCCACCUUUGGGGUCAAUUGGCCUACAGAGGGAACCUUCUGCCUCCCUGUGGUCCUUAAAGUAAAAUCAAAAAUUUUCCUACCAGGGAAAGAAGGUCACUCGGAUCAGAUUCCCUAUAUUCUGGUGUGGCAAGAUUUAGUAGAAAACCCACCUCCCUGGAUGGCCUCUUUCUUAACAACAGGGCCAUGCAAAAUUCUAGCGGCUAAACCUACCAACCCUCCCAAGCCACAAACUCCGAAUGCACCCCCUGUUCUCCCCGACAGCCAAGAUUUACUUUCCCUUGACCCUCCCCCUUACCAGGUUCCUCCUCUUAUUCCGCAAGCUGCCCCUAUCCCUGCUGUGCCGGCAGAGCCUCCCGUAGCCCAGCCCAUAGGAGAACUAGAGAAUGGGGAGGCUCAACCCGCGCUCAUGCCUAGUGGGGGCGAAGUCCAAGGGCCGGCUGGACGUUCCCGUAGGCGGGCCCCACAUGAGCCAGGACUCCGCCUUCCUGACUCCACCGUAGCUUUACCCUUACGGGAAAUAGGGCCUCCUGAUGAUACGGGGAACCCCCGACUUCAAUACUGGCCCUUCUCUACCAGUGACCUAUAUAACUGGAAAACCCAGAAUGCUCGAUUUUCUGACAACCCUAAAGAUUUAAUAAGUCUCUUAGACAGUGUUAUGUUUACCCACCAACCCACCUGGGAUGAUUGUCAGCAGCUCCUCCGAAUCCUGUUCACCACCGAGGAGUGAGAAAGAAUUCAAUUGGAAGCAAGAAAGCUGGUUCCUGGAGAUGACGGCCAACCCACUGCUAACCUUGAUCUCAUUAAUGCAGCUUUUCCCUUGACCCGACCCCCACAGGAUGGCUGGGACUACAACACGGCAGAAGGUAGUCUGCGCAUUUAUCGCCAGACUCUAAUGGCGGGUCUCCGGGCUGCUGCACGCAAGCCCACUAAUUUGGCAAAAGUGUAUUCAGUAAUACAAUGUAAGACAGAGAGCCCUGCCGCUUAUUUAGAAAGAUUAAUGGAAACCUUCAGACAGUAUACCCCCAUGAACCCCGAGGCCCCCAAAAAUCAAGCUGCUGUUGUAAUGGCCUUUGUAAACCAGGCAGCCACUGAUAUUAAAAAGAAACUCCAGAAACUAGAGGACCUGGAGGGAAAACAGAUUCAGGACUUACUCCGCAUUGCCCAGCGUGUCUGUAAUAAUAGAGAGACUCCAGAGGACAGGCAACUUAAAGCUACCGAAAAAAUGACCAAAGUCCUGGCCGCUGUUGUCCAAAAGCCCCUGGAUAAACAAAAGCCCCUAGAUAAGGACCAAUGUGCCUAUUGCAAAGAAAAAGGCCAUUGGGCCCGAGAAUGCCCUAAAAAGAAAAAGCCACGUCAUGAUCAAAAACCGUGGCAGCCAAAAACCACACCUGCCCUCUUCACUCAAGAUGCAGAAUAGGGGGGAUGGGGUUUGGAUCCCCUCCCCGAACCUAGGGUAACAUUACAAGUGGAGGGGAACCCAGUUCAAUUCCUAGUCGACACAGGGGCACAACAUUCGGUCUUGAUCAGACCCCAUGGAAAAAUUUCUGAAAAAUCUUCCUGGGUCCAAGGGGCUACCGGAAUAAAAAAAUAUCCCUGGACCACCCAGAGGACUGUGGACCUAGGAAAUGGAAAGGUCACCCACUCCUUCCUAGUCAUCCCCGACAGCCCAUGCCCCUUAUUAGGAAGAGACUUACUCACUAAAAUGGGGGCCCAGAUUCAUUUUACGCCAGGGGGCCCCCAAGUGACUGGCCCUCACAACCAACCCAUUACCAUACUUACUCUAAGAUUAGAAGAUGAAUAUCGACUCCAUCAGGGGCCACCCUCACAAAGUCAAAACAUAGAGCUCUGGCUCCAGCAGUUUCCAGAAGCAUGGGCUGAAACCGGGGGUAUGGGGUUGGCUAAACAUCGCCCAGCUCUAUUCAUAGAGCUGAAACCGGGGGCAGAUCCAGUUCGGGUCCGACAAUACCCGAUGUCAAUGGAGGCCAGAAAUGGCAUCACGCCACAUAUCCGUCGCCUCCUAGACUUAGGCAUCUUGCGUCCCUGCCAUUCAGCCUGGAACACCCCCCUGCUGCCUGUACGAAAACCUAACAGUGCGGACUACCGUCCGGUACAAGAUCUGAGAGAAGUUAACCGCCGAGUCAUGGACAUACACCCAACAGUACCCAACCCCUAUACCCUCCUAAGUGCCCUCAGCCCAGAAAGACAAUGGUAUACUGUCCUUGAUUUAAAAGAUGCUUUUUUCAGCCUGCCUCUGGCCCCCAAAAGCCAAGAGCUCUUCGCCUUCGAGUGGUCCAACCCUGAGAGAGGCAUAAAUGGGCAACUCACCUGGACCUGGCUCCCCCAAGGAUUUAAAAACUCACCCACCUUGUUCGAUGAGGCACUUCACGAGGAUCUGGGUGAGUACCGGAAUCAAAACCCCGAAGUGACUCUCUUGCAGUAUGUUGACGAUCUUUUAAUCGCCGAUGAGACUGCCGAAGCUUGCUUGCAAGGCACCAAAAAUCUCCUCCGGACACUUGGUGCCCUGGGGUACCGGGCUUCAGCAAAGAAAGCCCAAAUUUGCAGAUCCGAGGUAACCUACUUGGGGUAUCUGUUAAGAGAAGGCCAACGAUGGCUCACUGAUGCAUGGAAGGAAACCAUCCUCCGCAUCCCCUGACCCACAACGCGAGGGCAGGUAAGAGAAUUCCUGGGAUCGGCCGGGUUCUGCCGCUUGAGGAUACCUCGGUUCACCGAGAUGGCUAAGCCUCUUUACCUGGUCACCCGAGAACAGGCGCCCUUUGAGUGGACAGAGCAAAUUAAACUCGCCCUGUUGUCAGCACCAUCCUUAGGGCUCCCCAAUGUCUCCAAACCCUUUCAUCUCUUCGUAGAUGAAAAUAAAGGGGUAGUCAAAGCAGUGCUGACGCAACUCCUUGGCCCAUGGCCCAGGCCCGUUGCCUAUCUUUGAAAAAGACUGGGCCCAGUAGCGGCUGGCUGGCCCCCUUGCCUCCGUAUGAUCGCUGCUACAGCUCUAAUGGUAAAGGAUGCUGAUAAGUUAACUAUGGGACAAGAGUUACAUGUUACAACCCCUCAUGCCAUCGAAGGGGUCUUCAAACAACCUCCUGACUGAUGGAUAAGUAACGCCCGACUGGUUCACUACCAGGGACUAUUAUUAAAUCCCCUCAGAAUCAUUUAUGCUCCCCCCCGAACACUAAACCCUGCCUCGUUACCAGACCCGGACUUAGAUACCCCCCUCCAUGACUGCGCUGAGAUAUUGGCACAGGUUCAUGGAGUUUGGGAAGAUUUACAGGAUCACCCGCUACCAGAUGCCGAGGUUACCUGGUUCACUGACGACAGCAGCUUUGUACAUCAGGGUCAAAGGUACGCGGGGGCAGCAGUCACAACUGAAACUGAGACUGUUUGGGCAGAGCCUUUGCCAGCUGGCACCUCUGCCCAACGGGCUGAACUUGCGGCCUUAACCAAGGCACUGACUUUGGGAAAAGACAAGAGACUAAACGUGUAUACCGAUAGCAGAUAUGCUUUUGCUACGGCCCACAUACAUGGAGCUAUAUACAGAGAGAGGGGACUGUUAACUGCAGAGGGGAAAACUAUCAAAAACAAAGAAGAAAUAUUGGCUCUUUUAAAGGCACUCUGGCUGCCUAAACGACUAGCCAUCAUACAUUGCCCAGGUCACCAAAAACCGAUCACACCGGUGGCCAGAGGAAAUAAUUUGGCUGACCAGGUGGCCCCGAGAGCUAGUUUACCAGAAAGUCCCACCUACACUAAAGAAGACCUAAACUGGAUCCAAAAAUUGCCUAUGACUCCGUGCCUUAAUGGAUGGUGGAGAGCAGCAGACUGUAGCAUAAUUCUCCCAGAAGAAAUGGGAAAUAAAGUCUUAUCCAAGAUGCACCGAGCCACUCAUAUGGGCACAAGAAAAAUUCAAGACUUAAUAAGGCAUGCUAGAAUCACCAUUAAAGACUCCAGGACAAAAAUUGAGCAGAUAGUUACUAACUGUAAAGCUUGCCAACUAACUAAUGCCACCAACCACGGGAAAAACCCUGGCUCCAGAACCCGCGGAACCAGGCUGGGAGCCUAUUGGGAAGUAGACUUCACCGAGGUAAAGCCUGGAAAAUAUGGAUAUAAAUAUUUGCUAGUGUUUAUAGAUACCUUUUCAGGAUGGACAGAGGCCUUCCCCACCAAACAUGAGACUGCGCAGGUAGUAGCAAAGAAAAUGUUAGAAGACAUCAUGCCCAGGUACCGAUUCCCUACCCUAAUAGGAUCAGACAACGGACCAGCGUUCAUUUCAAAGGUAAUACAAGGGAUAGCGCAGUUUAUUGGGGCCGAUUGGAAACUACAUUGUGCAUAUAGACCCCAAAGCUCAGAACAGGUAGAAAGAAUGAAUAGAACCCUAAAAGAGACCCUAACCAAAUUGACCAUGGAGACUGGCGCUAACUGGGUAGUCUUACUCCCCUACGCUCUGUUCAGGGUGCGAAAUUCCCCCUACAAACUGGGAUUAAUCCCCUUUGAAAUCAUGUAUGGAAUACCCCCUCCUAUAAUUCCCAACCUACAGUCUAAUGUGUUAACUGAAUUUGAUGAUCAUAAACUUCUUAUUUCCCUGAGGGAACUCCAGUGCACCCACCAGAAAGUUUGGCCCAGACUGAGAGCCAUUUACGAGACCGGGCCCCCUCCUGAGGCGCAUCACUACCGACCCGGAGACUGGGUAUACGUGUGGAGACAUAAGCAAGAGACCCUCCAACCACGGUGGAAGGGACCCUACACUGUGAUCCUCACUACACCCACCGCUCUCAAAGUCGACGGGAUUGCUACCUGGAUCCAUUACACCCACGCCCGACCAGCUGAUCCAUUUGCGGUUUGA